ACGCGUCGACUUCAGAGUGCAGAGAAUAGGGCUGGCGCCUGGCGCGAGAAGGAAGGUCUGGUGAACUGGGAACGGGAGACCACUUCUUCAAGCAGGAGGGAGUUUGAACAGAGAAGCCCAGCGGAGAGAGAGGAAACUCUAAGCAGAGGGAGAUAGUGUCAAUUUGUAAUAGAGAGCCUGAAAAAAGGGUCCCUUUAUUAGUAAGCUUAUAUAGGCCUCCUUUUCGAAUUUUUUAAGUCGGUCGCUAUUCUUGCAUUUGGAAACUGGAAAGGAUCUCUUUCCUGUUGACUUGCAGUGAGUGAAGGAAGAGGAAGCUUCCUUGAUUCAUAGAGUGUAUUGCUUACAUAACUGGUGGAGUUCUUGCCACCACUGGAGCUGUUGCUUUGCCCUCUUGAUUUUGAUUCUGAGGAAAACUGAUUGAACGCUGAUCAAUCAAUCAUGGGUUAUGCUCAGCUUGUGAUAGGUCCCGCUGGUAGUGGCAAGUCCACAUAUUGCUCAAGUUUGUACCAACAUUGUGAAGCUGUGCGUCGGACAAUGCAUGUUGUGAACUUGGACCCUGCCGCUGAAAAUUUUGACUAUCCUGUGGCAAUGGAUAUAAGGGAACUCAUUUCUUUGGACGAUGUCAUGGAGGAACUUGGGUUAGGGCCUAAUGGGGGUCUUAUGUACUGCAUGGAACACCUUGAAGAAAAUCUGGAUAAUUGGUUCACAGAAGAACUGGACAAUUACUUAGAUGAUGAUUACUUGGUUUUCGACUGCCCUGGUCAGAUAGAGCUUUAUUCACAUGUGCCAGUGCUUCGGAAUUUUGUUGAACAUUUGAAACGUAAAAAUUUCAAUGUUUGUGCAGUAUACUUGCUUGACUCACAGUUCAUGACAGAUGUCACCAAAUUUAUAAGUGGAUGCAUGGCUUGCCUUUCUGCAAUGGUUCAAUUGGAAUUACCCCAUGUUAAUAUUCUCUCUAAAAUGGACCUUGUGACUAACAAAAGGGAUUUAGAAGAAUUUUUGGAUCCAGAACCCCGCUUUUUGUUGUCUGAAUUGAAUCAACGGAUGGCUCCUCAGUUUGCAAAGCUGAAUAAAGCUUUGAUUGAAUUGGUGAAUGACUAUAGCAUGGUGAGUUUUAUUCCACUGGACUUGAGGAAGGAAAGCAGCAUACGAUAUGUGUUGGCCCAAAUUGAUAAUUGUAUUCAGUAUGGAGAAGAUGCAGAUGUAAAGGUUAAAGAUUUUGAUCCACCAGAGGAUGACGAGUAGCUUUUUCUCCAAUGCAGCAUCUUCUGAUAAUUUCAAAAGCUAUGCCAUCACAAAUUCAUAAUUACAAAAACAUUCUAUCAAGGUAGCAUUGUCAAUAUAUUUAGGAUCUCUGUCUGAUGCUCAGUGGUGAAUUCUCUAAACUUGGGCAAAGAUGGAGACGCAGAUUGUGUUUAUGAGAAUGAGUGGACUUUGAAUGAGAAAGAAAUGGAACUGUUGGGUCUGUCUGGUUGAAGCUUUAUAAUUAGAUAUAUUCUCUGUGAUCUUAAAUGUAAGAGAUAGUUGAGGGGUUUGUUUAGCUUCCAAAUAUAAAACCUGAACAUCCGCAACAAAAAAAGAUAACAGUUGACAUAAUUUUAUGUUAGUUCA